UUUUUUUUUUUUUUUUUUGGUGAAGUUUAAUGGGAGAUCUUUAAGCUUGUUGGCAAUCUUGGCAUCACAAAAGUUCUAAGAAUGAAAAUGCAAUACUAUUAUUCAAAGUAAUCGUGGGCACAAAAAAUUGAACUCAAAUAAGGUCAAAUACUCUCGUACCCAGUACUGUAGUAUUCAGAAUCAUUCGAUUAUACUCUCAUAAUUUACGCGAUAUAUUAUUCUUUUUAUUAGCAAAAAAAUUCUUAAUUUUCUACUAAAUCGUAAACCCUAAACCCCUAAUAUUUUUGAUUCGAAUCAGUAGAUCAUUCAAUUAUGGCAUUUCCAGCAACAAUUCGAUUUACCCCAUUAAAAUUCCCAGUUCAAUUUCAACUAAUUUCACCUAAAUCAUCUCAAUCAACUCUUUUCUCAAAAACCCUUAAUUUCAAGCAUUUCAGAGUUAAUGCUUCUACCUCGGUCAGUUCUUCUAAUGUAUCCGUUGCUAAUAAGCCCUCUACUCUAAAAAAGAAUGAUUAUUGGCAAUGGAAGUUCAGUGAUAAAUCAAUCAAUAUAUAUUAUGAGGAACAUGAAAAGGAGGGUUCUCAGCCUAGUAAGAAUAUGCUUAUGAUACCCACAAUUUCUGAUGUUAGUACAAUGGAAGAAUGGAAUUUGGUGGUAUCAGAAAUUUUGGAGCAGGAUGUUGACAAAAAUUUUGAGGUUACUCUUGUUGAUUGGCCUGGUCUCGGGAACUCGGACCGGCCGAAAUUAGAUUAUACUGCGGAUGUCAUGGAGAAGUUCCUGGCUGAUCUGAUUAAUUCUCCUGUCAGUCCUGUGUUUAAACCAGGCAAUGAUUUGGUGGUUGUUGGGGGUGGACAUGCUGCCACUAUGACAGUCCUAGCUGCUAAGAAGGGUUUAGUGAAGCCAGCAGCCAUCAUAGCUGUAGCUCCAACCUGGGCUGGUCCUCUUCCAAUCGUCUUCGGACGUGAUACCAAUAUGGAAUCCAGGUAUGGGCUUCUCAGGGGAACCUUAAGGGCCCCAGCUUUGGGUUGGAUGAUGUAUAAUGUUCUUGUCAGUAACGAAAAUGCAAUUCAAUCCCAGUACAAGUCUCAUGUUUAUGCCGAUCCUGCAAAUGUUACCCCAGAAAUUGUGCAGAGCAGAUAUGCGUUGACAAAGAAGGAAGGAGCUCGAUAUGUACCUGCUGCUUUCUUGACAGGCCUCCUAGAUCCUGUCAAAUCUCGAGAAGAAUUUCUUGAUAUUUUUGCAUCCAUGGAGGGUAACAUUCCUGUUCUAGUAGUCUCAACUUCCGGUGCUCCUAAGAGGUCAAAGGCUGAGAUGGAAGCUCUCCGAGGAGCUAAAGGGGUCACUAAGUUUGUUGAAGUACCCGGUGCUCUUUUGCCUCAAGAAGAGUACCCCAAGGCUGUUGCGGAGGAAAUUCAGAAAUUCUUGCUAGAGAUUUAAAAACCGAAGAUGAUCUGAAACUUUAUUUUAGAGUACGGUCAAGAUUCAAGAAGGGGUAUAUGUAAAAUUAUGUUUAUUUUAUUUUAUUUUAUCCAGUAUUAUAAUCAAUUAAUUAUACACCAUUGUAUGUACUUCGUAUAAGUGUAUACCAGUGUAAGAAUAUACAAGUACAAAGUAAAAGUAGAUCGAAAUGAAAUUAAAUUGUUUUUAAUAAACUAGUAUACUCCGUAUGGGUAUAUGUAUUUUCGGUUCAUCCAUCAUUGGACUAAUUAUAAAAGACUGGCCAUUAUUAGAAA